AUGUCUCCCAAGCGUGAUCAUGAGAUCCCCGACACGAACGCUUCCCGGAAGAAAUUCAAAAAGAGAGGGGAUCUCGGCAUCUACAAUCUCGCAACUCAGUCUGACUGUGCUGUGAUGGUUGGAGAUGAGCGGCUGCUGCUGCACAAAGCCAUGCUGAUCUCCCGAAGUGGCGCCUUCAAAAAGCAACUGACCAAGACUGGGAAGAUGCCGGUGGACCACAGAGGCGGGGUGGUUCUCACCAUAGACUCUCAUGACAUCAAGUCAGUCCGGCUUGUUGCUGAGUUCAUCUACGGCGCAGCGAGUGUCGAGAUUUUGGAAUACCAGUCCAAGGACCAGCCGAUCAUCCAGGAUUGUAUCCUGCUGUACAACCUGGGCCACGAGUUUGACAUCCACGACAUGGUCGUGUACGCAACCAGGCACCUGGGUAUGUACUUGAGCAAGAAGCUCAAGGAUAUCUGCCUUUACCCAGUUCCCAAGGCCAUGCAGGCCAUAGCCCCACGAGCAUUCAUCGAUGAUCUUGAGGCUGGAAUUACCCAAGCCUAUGAGACUGAGCCCAUCGAGGAGGACCCGAACCUCCCUCGACAUAUGCUCAUCGACUUCGUCCUCGCUGGAAGAGAUGUCCUCUUCCGCGAUGCCGACCUGCGCUUCCGCAUCAGUCAAGGCAUGCUGCCCGCCGCCUUCGCGAACGAGGUCUUGCUGGCCCAGUACGGCCCCGGAUACAAGACGCCGUGGAUGAAGAAGCUGAUGGUGAGGCCGGAGAAGCUGAACAAGAAGCCCGAGGAGAUGAAGAAGAAGCGGAGUUGUGCUGGGUGCGGCGAGGGAAUCACCAAGGACGAGACGAUGGUCUUCAAUCCCUGGUCUGGACCAAACCUUUCGCAGAGAUACACCCAGGUCUGCUGCGAGGAGUGUGCCCAGGAGAUGGACAAGGGCAAAGGCAAGGGCGUUUCGUGGGGAGUAUUCGAUGAUGCUCAGGAGUAG